GUUUACAAACAAUUUGUUGUCAAAAAAAAAGUCUAAUUGAAAUUGUUAAUUUUCCUUCAUUUGUCUAAUUGUUGUUGUCAUUUUUUUCUUUUAUUCUAAUUGAUUUGUGUGUGCUACUGGUUCUUUAAUUAUGGAUUCAGAGGAAUUUUUUUCUCACUCCUUGGACAGUUUACUUAAUCGUCAUGGAUUUGAGAAAGUGUCUAUUGACAUUUACCCAAACCGAUUCAUUGCUUGUUACAAUUAUAUUCAUCGUGACCGAUUGGGUAAUCAAAUGGCUUCUUCAUUGAUUGAAAUAAUUGGUGUCUCUGUUGGUGAAUUAUUGGCUUGCUAUGGUAAUAUUCUUAAAUCUCAUUUCGAUACACCAAUUGAACCAAUUCGGAUCAAGUUAAGGAUGAGAGGAAGUUUGGAUAAGAUUCUCAAUCAAUUUGAACAUCAUUUCAUUUACCGAUUAAAAGACGCUCUUUCCCUUCGGAUAACUGACCUGCCCGUUGAUGUUUUGUAUCAUCUCUUGGAAUAUCUGAGUGUUCAGGACAUCAUGAAUUUGCUAAAAGUCAAUCAAUCAUGGCAUCGGCUUCUUGACGAUGAAUACAUAUGGAGGAAAAUGUAUCAAUCUACUUAUGGUGAAUAUCCCGAAGUGGAGGAGUAUCGAAGCGAUGGAACCGCGAUCUGUAACUGGAAGAAUUUGGUUCUCUCUGAAUACAUUAAACGAAAAAAAAUGGACGCCGAACUAAAAUUCACCCAAGAAUUGGCUCGAAGAAGUUUACCCGCACCAACCAUGUUCCUCGCCCUACCACCAGCCCCGAACAUUCACCCACCCGCCCUGGGCUAUCACGCAAUUCCCCUUCCAGGCCCAAUAGGUCCUCCCGUUCUUUGGACUCCUCGUAUUCGAAGGCCAAUGUGGCAUGACAAUUAAUCUAUUGAUUAACCGAUCAACUUAAUCAAACUCUAAUCUUAUCAACCAUCAUGACAAUUUAUUUAUUCAUCAUUCGCAUCAACAACAACAACAAAAACACUCCUAACCUUUUGUUUUCAUCCCCGUUCAUCAUCAAAUCAACUCACCCGAUAUUUGACCUAACUGAUUGAUUCCUUCAAACUCAACAUUCAAUCAAUUCGUUAACUUUAAAUUUCAAUUGAUCAAAAUCUAUCGUUAAUUGGAUCAACAACAACAUCACCAUUAGCAGUAUCAAUUUAUAGUCUAUAAGCAAUAUUUAUCCAUGUUAAAUAAUCAAUCAAUUAUUUAAAUGAUUAUUAUUAUUAUUUUUAUGCUUUUGGUAAAUUUUUCCCUUUAAACAAUAGUAAUUAAUUUCGCGACAAUUAAUAUGUAACUUUUCAAUUUAGUUUGUAAUUGUUUUGUUUUGUUUUCCAAUCAAACUUUUUCUUCAUUUGUAAAAUUUAUUAAUAAUCUAUUGAAACAUUUUCGUUGAGACAAUUAAAUGUAAGUAAUAAAAA